UGUAAACAUAAACACAAACAUACCUGUAUUCAAUGUAUUUAAAAUCGUCUUUUCCUUUUGGAUUUAAAAAAUUAGCAUGAAAAAUUUAAAUAUUUUUCUGAAACUUGAGUGUAAAUUUUUUCCAUGAUAAGAUUUUCUCAAUUUCGAUGUCAACAAGUUUGAUCCAAUUAUUGAAUAAUUCAACAUAAGUCUCAAGGAAUAAAGUGGCAAUGUCGUCGAUAGAAAUUCAGUCUUUACUUAAUGCAUGUUACUCUGGCGAUGAGUGGACAGUAAGAAAUAUUCUUUCUGAUCACAAUUUUAAUGAUUACCUCGCAUCAUCUUCUGGUUAUUCACUACUUUGUUGUAUGCUUGAUAAUUCUAUAUAUUCAGUAAAACAUCAAAGUGAAUUACAACUAUACUACAUGUCAUACCAACACCUUUUAAACCAUUUUCUCGAAAUUUCAAAACUUCUUUUGCAACAUCCUGUGAAAGUAAAUGACGAAACUCAAGAUCACGAUCAGACGCCACUUCAUUUCGCGGUACAAAAUGGAAAUGUGGAAAUCAUAAAAAUUUUACUGGAAAAAGGGGCUGUUGUUAAUGCAACCAAUAAAGAGUUAAAUACACCUCUGCAUAUUGCUGUUUCAGAUAAAUAUAAUCUUUCUGAAAGUGUUAUUCAACUUCUACUUGAAAAUGGAGCUGAUAUAAAAAUUUAUAAUGAGAAUUCCAGGACACCUCAUGAUGUGUGUGUUAAUGCAAGUAUUAAGCGUAUUUUAUCACAGCAUGAAAUAAAAAUGCUUCUUGAUAGUGACGGGGAUAUUGAGGAAAAAGAUUGUUGGGGUUAUACAGCGUUACACAGAGCGGUGAACAGUGAGAGUUAUGAACUUGUGGAAUUUCUAUUAUGUAUCGGAUGUGACGUGAAUGCUGAGACAGAGUUUGAUGAAACACCUCUACAUCUUGCUAGCCAAAUUCGUCAUAAAAAAAUUUCGCUUCUUCUUUUACGAGCAGGUGCAGAUGUAAACGCUACUACUGUUGCAGAUGACACUCCAUUGCAUUUGGCAGUCAAACAUUUAUCCAAAGACGACGAUGGCAAAUUUCUAAAGAUGCUCAUAAAUAACGGUGCUGAUUUAACAGCUAUAAAUUAUGAUGGCCUGAUUCCUUUAAGUUACUCCGUUGGAAAUAUAUCUUUGACUGAACCUACAAUUCUUCUGGGUGAAAAUCCAGAUACUUGCGAUAUGACUCUAAAAAUGGCUUUUUGCCUUUCCUUUCUGGGUACCUAUUAUGAAACAAUACCUGACCUAAACAUUUGCACAGACCGUAGAGAUAAAUGUGAAUACCAGUUAAUCAGUGAAUUAUUUUAUAAUCAGGGUUUCAGGAUUAAUAUCAAAGACAUAAAAAAUCUGUCAAUACCAGAGGAAUUGACAUUAGUUACUCUAGAUCAUUCAACUAUGAUAGAACAUAGAAACAUUGUGCAAAGUCUUUUAAAUAAGAAAGAAACAUCCUGCGAUGAAAAAAUGAGGCAAGAAUUUCUAGAAUAUCAUGUAUUAAUAGGUGCCAUUAAAUACGGAUUUACUGAUAUUUUUUACAAAUUCUUACCAAGUGUUUGUAAUGUUAAUACUUGUUUGAUUGAUGGAUUUACAUUGCUACAUCAUGCCUGUGGAAAAGAACGCUUAAUUAUUAUCAACGAACUUUUGGCACGUGGUGCCAAUGUGAAUGCAAUUGGAGGCAGAAAUAAAUUUUCACCCCUUCAUGUAUCAGUGAAAUACAAUUGGGUAGAAAUUACCAGAAUGUUAUUAACUAACAAUGCCAAUAUCAAUUCUUACAGUUGCAGUAAUAAUACCCCACUUUGCAUCGCAGUUUAUAAGAAUAGAUUUGAAUGCGUUCAUUUACUUCUAGAAGCUGGCGCUAACGUUAAUUGUAUUAAUUCCGAAAACCACACUCCACUUUACUAUGCUAGCGUUUCCAAUAAAGACAUGAAUAUUACAAAACUGCUUCUGCACUAUGGUGCCACUUACUGUCCAGGGGAAACAGAACCAAUAUUUGAAUUUUCAAGAUCUCCAUCUAAAUCCGAUGAAAUAAUUCACCUGACAUCUGAUCACAGCGUAAAUUUAAGAGUCUUAGAUCACAAUUAUCCUAAAUGCCCUAACGAACUCGAAGAAAUGAAAAAAACAAAAAUUAGUGAAACUGAUGUGACAAUGCACGAUCUCUUAACUAUGUCACAUAGACGACUUUCUACUUUAAUGCGAAAUGGAAAUUUUCUCGAUUUUAUAAAUUCAUUUGAUUUUGAAACUUCAUUUCCGAAUUUUGCCCGUCGAUUUGAAGUGCGUGUAAAUAAAGCAGAACUUGAGAAGCGAUUAAUAGAAUUAAGUUACGACUGUUUUCGAAUUAUAGUAAAAUUUCAAUUACCCAUUCUCGUUUUAAACGAAAUUAUAUCGUACAUUGACACUGCAGAUUUACAUCGAUUUGUAAUCGCUUCACCAAUUAAAUCAGAAAUGAAAAAAGCGGUGCAAUUCCAUUGUUCCAAAUAGACUAAAAGUUUAAUUCACUUUUCUAAUUUUCGAAUCAAGAACAAUGCAUUUAUUUCGAUCAGUUUACAUUUGAUGUAAUAUAAAAAGUUUUUGUAUCAGUUUAUGUACUGAAAUUUAUAAUUUAUGACAAUAUAGAUUUAAAAUAAUUAUUGUACUUUGUAACAAACAUUAAAAUACAUUAAUAUCGUAAGUUAGAGUAAUAAAAAUGUAACCAAUGUACAAAUUAACUGGGUUUUUGUACCUGAAAAGUUAGGGCAUAUAAAUAAGGAACGUAAAAUUUAACAAUGUUAUAAAUUUAAUAAUAAAAAAAAAUAUUCAAUCGUUAAAGUCGUUAAGUGAACUUAUUAUAUUUCCAAGCAAUUGUUAAAAGUGUCUGAUAAAUUAUAACAAAAAACAUAAAACAAUGUACAAUUAAACAAUUUAUCAAUAAUGUUCGAUAAAUUAGAACACAAAAAAAUUCAAUUAUUAAAGUUGUACAAAAUAAACUCAUUUUAAUUUAAGCAAUGUACAAUUAAACAUGUCAUCAGUUAAUUAAAAUUGAACUAUUGUACAAUGAAAAAUUUAUCAGAACCUGUUCAAUGGCAUAAAAAAAUUGAUAUUAAACUAUUUUUGUAUUUUGUACUUAAUAUAUCUCUGCAUUCAAUUAUAUUUACCAUUUCCGAAUAAGAAUAUUUGGACCAUAUCAUAUAUGUUG